AGCCCACUGGAAAGCAAACCAUGGCCCCUGGUUUUUUCUCUCCUUCAAAAACCGACUGUUUCUCUCCCUUUCAUCUAACCCUAAAAGCCUUCCUCUUCUUUUCCUCCUUUAUAUUCUGUCUUCAAUCUUCACCAACCAUCUCCAUCUACAACAACAACAACAGAGAAGAUGAUGCCAAUUCUCGCAUCUCUCAACUUUUUACACCCUUAAUUUCUCUGUACAGCAAUACUACUGUUGUAGAAACAUCAUUAGUAAUAGGUAUAAAAUAUAUUGCUCUGUUUUCCGUACUCUGUUUUCUCUGGUUUCUAGCCAUUUCUUUGAAAGUUUGGAACUUUGGUCGAUACCCAGAUAGUUUUUUGGUGUUUUGAGCAAUACCCAGUUCUUCAAUUCGUGUUUGGGUCAAUACCCAGAUCGCAAUUUUGCAUUUUUUUAUGUGGUGGGUGUGUUGGGCUUGUAUAUCGAGCUAUUUUGUGUGAAUUUUGAGGUUGAAUGGGGAUUGAGACGACUCGGGCUGAUCGUAAAGUUAAAGAAUUUCGUGAAUUGCCUACGGACACGAACACGAGUCCGAAUUCCAGGUCUAAGAGAAGCCGGCGACGUCAGAAGAAGAUGUUGCCGGUUCAGAAGCUAUUUGAGAUUUGUAAGGAAGUGUUUGCCAAUGGUGGGACUGGGAUUGUGCCUUGUUCUGAAGAUAUCGAACGGCUAAAAGCUGUUUUGGAUGAAAUGAAGCCGGGGGAUGUUGGCCUCGCUCCUGAGAUGCCGUAUUUCAGGACACAGUUGGCUCGGAGAACCCCGAAAAUUAGAUACUUGCACCUCUAUGAGAGUGACAAAUUCUCGAUGGGGAUCUUUUGCUUGCCACCAUCAGGUGUUCUUCCACUUCACAAUCACCCCGGAAUGACAGUUUUCAGUAAACUGCUCUUUGGGACAAUGCACAUCAAAUCAUAUGAUUGGGUGGCCGAUGCCCCCGAUGCCCCUAGCAACGCAUCUGCUGAUGUGAAUCUGCCAGAAAUCACUGCACCUGCUGCUCGUUUGGCUAAGGUUAAGGUCGACUCAGACAUUACUGCUCCUUGCAACACCUCCAUCCUUUACCCAGCUGAUGGAGGCAACAUGCAUUGCUUCACAGCAGUGACAGCGUGUGCAGUGCUGGAUGUGCUUGGCCCUCCAUAUUCUGAUCCUGAUGGCCGGCAUUGCACAUACUACCUUGAAUUUCCAUUCACCAAUUUUGCAGUUGAUGGGGUUUCAGUGCCUGAAGAGGAUAGGGAAGGUUAUGCAUGGCUUCAAGAGAGGGAGAAACCUGAGGACUUGACUGUAGAUGGAGCACCUUACAAAGGGCCAAAGAUUGUGGAAAAAUGAUCUCACCUAUGUUGACACUGGCUGAUGAUGUCCAGUCCUUGCAGCACCCAAACUUUUGUUUCAUUUUGUAUCUUGUUCUUGCGGUUCUUUUCCUUCAUCCUUUUUUUUUUUUUUUUUUUUUUUUUUUGCUUUAAAAAAGCUUUUUUUCCUGUGGGACAUGAGGGACUAGAUCCUUUUUUUCUCUCUACAGUUUAUGUACAUACUCUGAACCGAAAAAAAGAAAAAGAUACAAAGAGAAGUUCACUGGAAAAUUGAGCAUGAAAGUGAAUUGAGUUAAUUGUCAGCA